CCCAAAGUUCAUUCGAUUCGAUUCAAAACAAGUUAUUUUUUGUAUGGCCGACUUGUCUCAUGGCUGCGCAAAGGUAUUCGCAUCGAGAUCGCGUAAUGACUUUAAUUUAAUUACCGCACCGAGCGUCCGUGGCGAGCGUGCCCGCGUUCCUCGCAGUGCAGCGUCAGAGGCUGCGGACUCACAACUAGCAUCGGCGCAUCAGGUGGGUUUGUUUACGUCGGCCAUGUGACUGUUGCUAACUGCGUCGCGGCCUCGCUCGCCGUCGCCGCGCCACCACGUGCGCGUCCAGUAUAAUCCAGUUAGUGGAGGCACCAGUAGGUGCGGCGGCGGCGGCCCCGAGCGCGCUACUCACGGCUCGUGUGUGCACAGGUACGGGACGCAGUCUCCGGGGGCCCGGCCCGCGGCACCGCUCGCAGACAUGAAGCCUCUAGACGACUACCGUAAUGGAGAUGGCGAAGAGGACAGCGAGGGGGAGGAGGGCGCGGCGCUGCAGGAUGAGCUGUCGCUGCACGACACGGACGCGCCGGCGCGCGCGCUGGCGGCCCUCAACGCGCUGCGCAAAUCGCGGCAGCACUACGACGUGCUGCUGGUGGCGGGCGGCGCCGAGCUGGCCGCGCACCGCGCCGUGCUGGCGGCCGCCUCGCCCUACUUGCUGGAGGCGCUGGCGGCCCCGCCCCCGCCCGCCGCCGCCGGCCCCUCCCCCGCGGUUCCCGCCUACCGCGUGGAUGAUGUACAGCCGGACGCGCUGCGCGAGCUGCUCGAGUACGCGUACACGGGCCGGCUGCGCGUGCCGGACGCGGUCGCCGCGCGCCGUUUGUACCGCGCCGCUUGGCGCCUGCGGCUGGAGGCGGCGCGCGCGCAGCUCGCCGACCGGCUGCUGCGCCGGCUGACUCCCGCAGACUGCCUCGAACUGCGCUCGCUGCCCGACCUCGCGCCGCACCACCUCGCGCAGCUCGACGCCUACAUCGCUCAGAACUUCGACGAGGUGUGCGAGAGUGGCGCCCUGGCCGCGCUGCCGCUGAUUCGGAUCGAGAUGCUGCGCGAGAGCAGCUCCGAGGGCGGAGAGGAGACGCCGGUGGCCGUCGCCGAUGCAGUCCUCACGUGGCUCCGUGACAGACACGCCGCUGACGUUGACCUCGACGAGUUGUGCUCCCGCACGCAUCUACUAUACGUGGACGCGCGGGGUGAGCUGCGCGACUGCGGCGAGCUGCCCGAGAUGUGCGGCGACGCGCCCGAGCUGCAGGAGUACCGGCGCGAGGCGGCCGAGCGCGAGCGCAGCGCGCGCAGGAGGGAGCCCGGGGCCGCCGGGCCCCGCACGCCGCCCGCGCUGCCCGCGCUGCAGCUGGGCGCGCGCUCCGCUCGGCCGGCCGCCUGCGCCGUGCUGGCCGUGCGCGGCCGCGGGGCCAGCACGCGCGCGCUGCUGGCGCUGCGCGGCGGGCCGGCGGCGGCGCGCGUGGCGUGGCGGGACGUGCCCGGGGAGACGGUGGCGCGCGGCGGCGCGCUGGGCGGCGCGCGCGAGCCCGCGGACGGCGAGCGGCGCGCGCCCCUGGCGGAGCCGCGCUGCGCGCACGGCGCGGCCGCGCUCGGCGGCCGGCUGCUGGUGUGCGGCGGCUACGACCGCGCGCGCGUGCUGCGCACCGCGGAGGCCUACGACCCGGCCACCAACACGUGGGCGCCGCUGCCGGCGAUGCGCAGCGCGCGCGCGCGCUUCCCGGCCGCGCGGCUGGGCCGCGCCGUGUACGCGCUGGGCGGCAGCGACGGCCACGCGGAGCUGGACUCGGUGGACGCGUACGAGGAGGACGAGCGCGGCGCGGGCGCGUGGCGCGCGUGUGCGCGGCUGCCGCUGGCGCGGUCGCACGCCGCCGCCGCCGCGGACGAGGAGCGCGGCGAGCUGUACGUGAUCGGCGGCUGGGCGGGCGGCCGCAGCCUGCGGCUGGUGCACCGGUACUCGGCGAGCGCGGGCGCGUGGGAGGAGGCGCCGCCGCUGGCCGCGGGCCGGUCGCAGUGCGCGGGCGUGGCGUGGGCGGGCGCGCUGUGGGCGCUGGGCGGGUGCGACGCGUGGCGCUGCCUGGCGAGCACGGAGUCGCUGCGGGCGGCGGCGGGCGCGUGGCGCGCGGGCCCCGCGCUGCCGACGGCGCGGCGCUCGGUGGGCGGCGCGGUGUGGCGCGGGCGGCUGGUGUCGGCGGGCGGCUCGGACGGCGCGGCGUCGCUGCGGCGCACGGACUGGCUGGCGGCGGCCGACGAGGCCUGGCGGCCCGGGCCCGAGCUGCGGCGCGCGCGGGCCGGCCUGGGCCUGGCCGUGCUGGCCGACGCGCUGUUCGCGGCGGGCGGCUUCGACGGCAAGGAGUUCCUGUCGUGCGUGGAGUGCCUGUACGCGCCCGACGGCGAGUGGACCACGCUCUGCGCGCCGCCCCCGCCCCUCGCGCCGCCCUCCCUCGCGGUCAGUAUACGGUAUAUUUUCGAGAUGAGUUGUCGGAAUCCCAGCAUAACGGAGACGGAGAGUGCGUGCAGUGACCGCCCCCGCCCCCGGCCCCAGCCCGCGCUCUCCCCACACGUGUCUCCUACGUCAAACAUAACGUGA